UAGUGAUCCAAAAUGGCGGCUCCCUUGUGGCCUUAGAAGCAACGUGAUUUUCCACGUUUAUACUUAUUAUAUAUUUAUAUAUAUAUCUGUUAUCUGAUUCAGUGUGCGGCAGGAGGAAGCUGUGUGGUUUUGAGUUUCAGACGUUCUCAGCGCUCUGCCAUGGCGUUGUUUAAGCCCACGAAGGUCCUCACGUACCCUAAACUGGGAGAACGUGUGACUGAGGAGACACUGUACUGGAAAAACUACAAGGCUCCAGUGCAGAUAAAGGAGUUUGGUGCUGUCACAAAAAUUGAGUUUUCUCCUCAACCACCUCACAAUUAUGUGGUGACGGCGUCCACCAGGAUUCAGGUGUACGGCGCUCACUCUCAGGAGCCGAUACGCACUUAUAGUCGCUUCCGUGACACGGCGUAUGGCGGGAGUUUCCGUGGCGAUGGAAAACUCCUAGUGGCCGGAAGUGAAGAAGGUCUCAUUCGCCUGUUCGACAUUGGAGGCAGAGUCGCACUCCGUCAGUUCACUGGACAUUCCAAGGCAGUACACGUCACCUCCUUCCUGUCUGAUGGUUAUCGUGUGUUAUCGGGUUCUGAUGAUUUGUCGUGUCGUGUUUGGGACGUAGCGAGUGGAUCAGAACUCGGCUCUUACACUGAACACACUGAUUACAUUCGAUCUGCGGCUGCCAGCAGACUGAACCCCGACGUCUUCAUCACCGGUUCCUACGACCACACAGUGAAGGUGUGUGAUGUUCGGUUAGGGGGCAGUGUGAUGACGCUUCAGCACGGACAUCCUGUCGAGUGUGUGCUGCUUUACCCCUCUGAGGCUUUACUGGUGUCCACAGGAGGUCGGUAUGUAAAAGUGUGGGAUUUGUUGAAAGGAGGUCAGCCGCUCGUCUCUCUGAAGAAUCACCACAAAACUGUCACGUGUGCGUGUCUGAGCUCCACGGACAACCGACUGCUCACGGGCUCGCUCGACAGGCAUGUGAAGGUUUAUAACUCCUCCUACAAAGUCGUCCAUAGUUUUGAUUACGCAGCGUCGAUCCUCAGCCUCGACCUCGCUCCGGAUGAUGAGAUGGUUGCUGUUGGAAUGGCAAAUGGUGUGUUGAGUGUCAGACAUAGGAAACACAAUGAAGACAAACAGGAAGUGGUCAGCAGGAGGAGACGAGGUCCUGCAUACCGAGUCUUUGUCAAGGGGAAGAACUACGUCCCUAAACAGGAUGAUUUCCUGGUGAGUAAAACAGUGAAACAACAUCUACAGAAACACGACCGACUGCUGAAGAGCUUUAGGGUGUCUAAAGCACUGGAUACGGCACUGGAGACAUGGAGGCGGGUCAAUAAGCCGGAAGUGACCGUAGCGGUGAUGAUUGAACUGAACCGCAGAGGAACGCUGAGGAACGCUCUAGCAGGUCGAGAUGAACAGAGUUUAACCACACUGCUUAACUUCCUGCUCAAGAAUGUAACAGAUUCACGUUUCUCCCAUGUGCUGCUCAUGGUGGCAGAUGUGAUUGUCGAUCUGUAUCAGCAGGUGGUCCCUCAGUCUCCUGUAGUUGAGCGCCUGCUGCAGCGUCUGAUGGAGCUUCUGGGACGUGAAGCAGAACUUCAGCAGGAGUUGCUGCAGGUUUUGGGAAUCCUCGACACACUUUUUGCCUCUCUGACCCCGAGGAAAGAGGCCACGCCCCCUGUGGGCCCUCUCGCCAUUCAGGGGCCCAUCUGAGGUGUGUUUACUCCACAGCCUCACUGCAGCCACACAUUCAGACGAUUGUGAAGAUCUGCUGCGUCACUCACACCAUCACGUUACUGCCCAUGUUUUAUAUGUCCAUAAAGUUCUAAUAGAUUCUUGCGAAUAAACCUUGUGUUUUCUCUCCAUUUGUGUGUGUGAACUUUAUUCUUUUACUGUUUAUGAAAAACAAAAACCUUUUUUAAUAGUAAACAAAAUGUUUGAAGAAUUGUAAUAAAAAUAUAAUACUGUAAAGUAAAUAAUUAAUGUGAAUGUGUAAAAGUUUGUGCCCCCCAGGGUUUUAGAUUUAUUAUUACACAGUAAUGAAAUCAUACCCGUCACUGACGGAGCAGUGAAUCUCAUUUACACACACACACUUAUUCCUGCUGAACACUGAACACUUCACAAGAGUAAAAUAAUGAAGAAUAAAUUAUUUCUAUUUUAAUUCUAGAUUCAGACAAAAUAAAUAGUGAAACACGUAAAAAUGUAUUUACUUUUUAAUUUGAUAUUUUUUACUUAUAUAUUUUUUGUUGCAUUUUGUUAUUAAAUGUUAAAAGUCCUCAGGUUAUAAUAAAUUAUUAGAAUUGUUUGAUAUUUGAAUUUUGCAGUAAAAUGUUAAUAACAGAUCAAUAACUGAGGUUUUAAUGAAUAUUUCUGUAUGAUGUUUGUACUUUUUGCUACAGUUUGGAGUUUUUCUCAAGUGUAUAAAGCGAACUUGUGUGUGUUUGUGUGAUUAGUGUGUUACGCGUUUUGACCUUUGACCUAAAUAAACAGCAAAAUUCUCCUGA